CGAUCGGAUCACGAGUUCCUCUUUCAUUACUGCGAAACCUAUUUACAUGCAGUACGAUGGCACCACAGAGAAAGAGCAGCUUUGCCAUUAUGCCAGUCAUAUGCCUGCUUCUUGGGGCCCUGGGCCUGUGUUCGGCAGCUGAUUCCAAGCCCAAUAUUCUCCUGAUAAUGGCCGACGACCUUGGUAUCGGAGAUGUUGGUUGCUAUGGAAAUGAUACUCUCAGGACCCCAAAUAUCGAUCGUCUUGCGAUGGAAGGGGUGAAACUGACCCAGCAUUUAGCCGCCGCUCCCUUGUGUACCCCAAGUCGAGCUGCUUUUCUAACUGGCAGACACGCCUUCAGAUCAGGCAUGGAAGCCAGCGAUGGGUAUCGUGCCCUACAAUGGAAUGGGGGGUCAGGAGGACUCCCCAUCAACGAAACCACCUUUGCCAAGAUAUUGCAACAACAAGGCUACGCCACGGGACUUAUCGGGAAGUGGCAUCAGGGAGUGAACUGUGAAUCUCGGAGUGACUUCUGCCAUCACCCUUUGAAGCAUGGCUUCGACUACUUCUACGGCAUGCCUUUCACCCUGAUAAACGACUGUCAGAUAGGCAACCCCCCUGAGCUGGAUGCAGCCUUUCGGAGAAAACUUAGGUUUUCCACACAGGUUGUGGUCUGGGCAGUGCUCACACUCACCCUGAGUAAACUGACCGGCUCAGUUCCCGUUUCCUGGACCGUCAUCUGGGGUUCCUCUCUCCUGACGCUGCUGUUUUUCCUCUCCUGGUACUCCAGUUUUGGAUUUGUACGCUACUGGAAUUGUCUCCUGAUGAGAAACUACGAAAUUACUCAACAGCCAAUGGUUUUAGAGAAAGCAGCCACUCUUAUGCUGAAGGAGGCGAUUUCAUUUAUUCAGAGAAACAGGAAGGGGCCGUUCCUCCUCUUCGUUUCUCUGCUGCAUGUCCACAUUCCACUGGUCACCACCGAGAGAUUUCGGGGAAAGAGCAAGCAUGGAGCCUACGGAGACAGUGUCGAGGAGAUGGACUGGCUGAUAGGAGAAAUUCUUGCCACCAUUGAAGAGGAAGGCUUGACAAAUAGGACUCUGACUUACUUUACCUCAGACCACGGAGGCCACUUAGAGGCUAGGGAGGGGGUCUCUCAGCUUGGAGGCUGGAAUGGAAAAUAUAAAGGAGGCAAAGGAAUGGGAGGCUACGAAGGUGGGAUCCGCGUGCCCGGGAUUUUCCGGUGGCCAGGUGUGCUUCCCGCCGGCAGGGUCAUCGACGAGCCCACGAGCCUCAUGGAUAUUUUGCCCACCGUGGCCUCCUUGGGCGGAGGAACCCUGCCCCGCGACAGGGUGAUUGAUGGCCAGAAUCUGAUGCCUUUGCUAAAAGGAACAGUUCAACAUUCUCCACACGAGUUCCUGUUCCACUAUUGUGGGAAACACUUGCAUGCUGUUCGAUGGCAUCAAAAGAGCAGCGGUGCUGUCUGGAAAGUCCACUACAUGACGCCUGUCUUCCACCCCAAGGGAGCUGGCGCCUGCUACGGGAGAGGGAUUUGCCCAUGUUUCGGGGCCCAUGUGACCCAACACGACCCCCCUUUAAUGUUUGACCUCUCCAGGGACCCGUCGGAAACCAACCCGCUCGCCCCCGACACCGAGCCGCUGUUCGAUACGGUGCUGGGGACAGUUGAGCGAGCCGUGGAGGCCCACGGGAGAACCAUCACUCCUGUUCCCCAGCAGUUCUCCGUGUCCAAUAUCAUGUGGAGACCGUGGCUUCAGCCUUGCUGUGGGACAUUCCCCUUCUGUUUCUGUGACACUGAAACCGAUCCCUCUUCUCCCCUUCCCUGAACAAAUCUGGACUGCAGUCAGCCAGUCAAUCCAUGGUAUUUAUUG